AUGAUGAAAUUGUUGAAGACAUUCCUCCCGAAUCUUUACAUGAUGAUCAAAACUCUCCACAUACCAUCCCCGUCUGAUAACAAUCCUCAUCCACCUCCUCCAUCAUCAAACCCUCCUCCUCGUACCCCCUAUCCACCUCAUAACUCUUCUUAUGUAUCUCCUCGGGCUGAUGAUGCUAUAAAGGGGGAGAUAAAUCAAGAUAUGGCUAUCACUGCUAUUCGUCAGCCGGAGUCAGAGCCUGAGCCUAGAAAUGCUGAUAAUCAGCCUGAGACUAAUGGAGAUUAUGAAGGUUUUCUGGAUAUGCAUUUCAUGACACAAAUUGUUGCUCCUUUAAAUAUCAUUUAUCUAGAUACAUUAUCUAAUGGGAAGAUUCCUCGGGGCACUCAAAACUGA